AUGAACUCUACCAGACCAGAAACAGUUCUGGGUUUUGGAACUUGGACUCAAAUAGUCGACAGGUUUUUGUAUUGUGCAAACUCUUCAAAGGAAACAGGUGGAAGUAAAACGAUUUCAGGUGAAAAUUUACCUGCACAUAGUCACUACAUAGAUUUAAGUACAUCUCAAGCAGGUUGGCAUAAGCAUAGAUAUUGGGAUUGGUCAGCAAUGAUAAAAGGUAAAGGAUAUGAUGUUAAAGACAACGUUAAGUUUGCUAUAGAUUGUUACUGGAGUAACACUGAGGGAGGAGGAAACCAUACACAUCGCGUUUCAGGAUAUACGCAAACAACGGGACAAAGUAAAGACUACAUGCCACCUUACAUGACAGUUUACGCAUGGUAUAGAAAUGCUUAG